GGGACGCGGCUCCCCCGGCCCGACCUCGGACCAUGUACCAGGACUACCCCGGGAACUUCGACACCUCCUCCAGAGGCAGCAGCGGCUCCCCGGGACACCCCGAGACCUACUCGAGCGGCGCAGCCCAGCAGAAAUUUCGAGUAGAUAUGCCAGGAUCAGGCAGUGCUUUUAUCCCUACGAUCAACGCCAUCACAACCAGCCAAGACCUGCAGUGGAUGGUCCAGCCCACCGUCAUCACCUCCAUGUCGAGCCCUUACUCGCGUUCACACCCCUACAGCCACCCGCUGCCCCCGCUGUCCUCAGUGGCCGGACACACGGCUCUCCAGCGUCCCGGCGUCAUCAAAACCAUCGGGACUACAGUGGGACGGAGACGGAGAGAUGAGCAGCUGUCGCCUGAGGAAGAAGAGAAGCGAAGGAUCCGGAGAGAGAGGAACAAGCUGGCAGCUGCUAAGUGUCGUAACAGGCGUCGAGAGCUAACAGAGAAACUCCAGGCGGAAACUGAAGUACUGGAGGAGGAGAAGUCAGUGCUGCAAAAGGAGAUCGCUGAGCUCCAGAAGGAGAAGGAGAAGCUGGAGUUUAUGCUGGUGGCUCACAGCCCUGUGUGCAAAAUCAGCCCCGAGGAACGUCGUAGCCCACCAUCCAGCAGCCUCCAGAGCAUUCGGACUGGAGCAAGUGGAGCGGUGGUGGUGAAGCAGGAGCCUGUGGAGGAAGAGAUCCCGUCUUCCUCUUUGGUCCUUGACAAAGCCCAGAGGUCUGUCAUUAAGCCCAUCAGCAUUGCUGGAGGUUUUUAUGGGGAGGAGGCACUCAACACUCCCAUUGUGGUGACCUCAACACCAGCCAUCACUCCUGGCUCUUCCAAUUUGGUGUUCACCUACCCUAACGUGUUGGAUCAGGAGUCUCCUCUCUCCCCUUCUGAGUCCUGCUCCAAAGCUCACCGGAGGAGCAGCAGCAGUGGGGACCAGUCCUCAGAUUCCUUGAACUCUCCCACCUUGCUGGCGUUGUAAUCCCCCUGCGGCCCCCCAUUUUGCCAGUGUGUUACAUCCCCCACAGCACCAUGGGGGGAGCCCCCUCCGUGGGAUUAGAGACAGGCACAGGAUCGUUCAAGCACAAGGGCAGCAAGAACAAGGAUGGGGAAGUGCUACAGCUCCAGGAAGGAGAGUGAGGACCAACGCCAGCUCCCUGGAGGCAGGAAACGGCAAGGGUGGGACUGACACGCCAGGGUUGUUUGCAGAGGGUGAUGUCUGCUCUGUAGGGACUGCCUGUGGAAACCUCUUUGUGGCCGUAGUGGACCUGGGGAGCGCUCCUGGCCAGGACUGAAGGCGAGCUGCAGACAGUUGCUAGUCGUCCCUUUCCUUUGUGGAUUGACUUGAUUGGUUGUGCUCUGUGCUUAAAUCCUUCUGGUUAGUUGAUCUUACAACUUCUCUCUUGCGUGCUCUCUCUGUCUCUCUCUCUCUCUCUCUCUCUCUUUGCAUAUAAUUUCCCAUGUUGUCAAUCCCAUUACAUUUCACUCAGUUGCUCUGAACUCUAAAGUCUAAUUAGGAUCUUUCCUCUUGGGAAUAGCUGUGGGAAACACGUAGGGUUGCCCAGACAGGAGGAUGACAGCUGGGAGGACCAGGAGAUAAGGGGGACCAAGAGGAGCCCAAGAGCUCAGCAGCAAGGGCAGAGCUUGUAGUCUCUAGCCUGAGGCACAGAGACAGCAGAAGUCUCAUGUGGAAGCCUUUUUUUUAAAAAUGUGGAUAUAUUUAUCCCCUUGGGCUCCUCGAAAAACCAAGUUAGUAUCUCAGGGCCAGAGUAGCAUCAGAAAAGCUGCUGGGCUGGCACUUACCGGUCACUGGCAGGGUUUUGCCCUAGUUUGCUGGAUAUCAAGUCUGCUGCUUGUUGUUUACUUUUCCUGGGCUGCCUGCUGUCUAGGGAGUAUUGCAUCUUCCUUCCCAUCAGGGCUCCUGACUCAGAGGCUGAUCUCUUCCUGUUAGUAAAUCUUCCCCUCCCCUUGGCCAUAUUUGCAGAACAUGGUACAAAAAAAAGAGGUGGCACCACAUGCCUAUAAAUCUUGGAUGGAGACUGGCAGCAGCUGAGACAGUGAAAUUAACUGGCUGUACCCUUGCUGAUUUUUUCAUUGUUGGGAAACAAAGCAGUACCUAUCUACCAGCACAGCACAGGCCACAAGGCCCCAGCUCCUGACCAGGCAGGAAUGGCAUGAAUAAAGUUUUGACCUGUUUGAACUAAAACAUAGCUUCUGACGAGCUCUGGCAAAUGACAGAUUGACAGCUGAAGAAAAUCGAUUAGCAUUAUUUGCACCUUGGUCUUUUGGCCUCUGGUUUUUCUUUACAUUUUCUUUGCAGAUUGAUCUUUUGUUGUGGGUUGAUUGGCCUGAAGACAAAGAUCAAACCAAAGGGCUCUUUCCCUAGUCUAGAGUCCUUCUCUAGCCUGUGGGCUUGACUGCUACUACUAAGUGCUCAGAGAGGGCACAGUGCUCAUGUUCACUACUGAAAACAGUAAUGUGUGUAAUCUAUUUCCACAUGGAGCCAAGCUCAAUUCCUGUUGAUGUCAAAGCACUGGCAAACCAUGAUCCUGUGCACAGUAGGAUUGCCCAGCUUGCCAGCUAAACCACUUAGGAGAUAGCUCUUUGGUCCUGCCUAUUGAAGCUGUGGUGACAGCUAUUUAUUUUGGUGUGAGUUUGUUUUUUUCUUUUAUACAUACACACAGAUAUAUAUAUAUAUAAUUUUUUUUUUAAUCAGCUGAAACUGUGGUGUUUCUUGUUCAGGCUGGACCUGGAGAAAUGCAACAUACAAUUAUAGGGCUAGUCAUAUGAGAUGCAAAACUGCUGCAGUCCCCAGCAACUCCACUGGGAAUUAAUAGGUUUCAGUCUUGUGGAACUGGAACUUUACUCAGCAGGGCUAACUUCCCUCAAACUCUGGCCACUGCCCAUUCCUUGAAUCCAUUCAAUGGGACACUAUUCUGGCUCUAAAGGUGGACUUUGGCUUUUUUAUUAUAACUAUUAUUUUUAACCCAAGUAUUUACCAAACCUGCCAGAAGUAUGUGCGGGAUCCUUUUGCUUCAUAAAGCUGAUUGGAUUCAGGCUUUUUCUAUAUUGCUUAAACACUUCCAUUUUGAUAUUGGUGCUAGAGGUUUCAAAUAGAGCUCACACAGUAAGCAAAAUUAGUAAAGGAGUUGUACUGUCCUUACAUGUACAUGAAAACUUCCUUUCUAAUAAAGUAGAUCUUAAAUUUCCCAUAGUUAGCACAAAGGAUCCACUUUUUGUAGGGUUUUACAUAGAUGAUACCACUUUAGGUGAAACUGCAGCUUCUCUGUUUCCAUUUUGCCAAAUGCUUGUUUGGGCCACUCUGGACUGAGAAUCUAAAACUGUUAAUAAAACAUCUCUGCAUGUCACUUCACACAUUUUUGACGGGAACAGCACUGACAUGUUCUGGGUCAGUGGUGGGCAAGUUUUAAAAUGAUGCAGCUACUUUUGAGGCUAGCUGACCAGGAUUGCUGUCUCCUGUCAGAUCAGGAACAUCCACCCCUUGCAGGGAUUUCAAGUAGUCAAGUGUCUCUGCAGAUCUAACUGGUGAAACAACAAAAAUCUACCUUUGCUUCUGGUCACUGAAUCAUUGCCAAAAGGAGCUGCAGCUGGUCCUUGUCCACUGCCCUCCUGCCUGGUCAUUGACCUGCUCAGAGACAGAACAAGAUGCUUCCCUUUCCUGACCUGUGAUACUGGCAGGAGCCAAGUGAAACUCCUCAAAAAAGAGGAUUAUUUUCUACUGUUUGGAAAAAGCCCCAGAUACCUUGUGCCUGUCUGUUUUCUCCCUCAAGUCCCUCAAAGAAUGUCUGUGUUGGGAUUGCUGGUCUCCAGCCUUUUGUGUUUUGUGGAUCAGCCUUACUUUUGUUUAGUUUCUGGCAGGCAGGUACAACUUUACUCCCAUUUUGGUCUGGCCCUAUGUCUUUUAAUGUUUUCUAAUGUGCUCUUUGGAAACUGAUUGUCCUUCCCAUGCCCAAAAUGUUAUUUUCCAGAGUACCUUCCCUGCUGAUUCCUAAAUGUAGUGUCUCCAUGUUCUGCAUGUAAUGGGGAUGUGGGAGCUGUUGUACCUAGUGCUGACAGGGUUGUUGAAGUCAAUAGAAAAAGGCCCAGGGAAUUUCAGCUGGUAGUGGGUCAGUCCCCUGAUGACUGUCCCAACAAAGCCUCUCCUAACAUCCUAAAUUCAUCAGUGCCAAACUGGGAGGAGUAGUAACAGCUGCAUUGAAGGAAACAUUCAGCUUCUAAGUGAAGUUUGCCAUUCCAAUUUUGCCCUCAUUCCUCCUUCUCCUUUCCCAGUUGUGGCAUUGCCUUCAUAUAUUCCUUUCUUAUAGAUGUGGAGACUGGGUAAGUCUCAAUCCACUUGUGGUGUGAUGGGAUUUGGGACCAACAUGCUGGGGACAGUAGCUCUCUGUUGUGUUUUUAUAAUUAUUAUUUAAAUGAUCUAUUUAGUUCAUCUGAACCUUUAAUUUUGCUGCUUACUGUAUGUAGGAUCCACCUGGCCUUCAUCCUAAAUGAAAAGAAAAAAAAAAUGAAAACAAACCUAAGACACCUCCCUUCUCCCUGGUCUCUUCUUAUUUAUUGGCAGGCAGCCGUCUUGUGCCUGCUCCAGCAGAUCUGCCCGCCAUUAAUUUAACAUCCACCCAAAUCACAUUCCUGGUGUUUGGUUGUUGCUUUUUUUUUUUUUUCCCCUUUUGGUUGUUGCUUUUUUUCAUUUUAAAACAGACUUCUGAAAUGUAAGAAACCUUAUUAUCAUGACACAAGAUCAUUUUCGUUAGGAAGGCCAAGUCAAACAUUUUAAGAGGUGGGGGGAACAAUACACAUUUAUUUCUUAUUUAUUUAUCAUGUUUACAUCUUUUGUUUUUCUGUUCAAGACUUGGAUAUAAUAAAGAAAGCAUUAAAAAUUCUACAAUCUUCUUUUUUUUUUUUAGGCUAAUAAUUUUUUUUUUUGAUUCCUUAAAUAAAGUAAUCUGAGUUUUGUUGUUGUCUGUAUAAAAUGUAAAAAGAGAUAUGUUUUUAAAGAUGCAUUAUCAUUCCUCUGUGAACAGUAGGUGGAGUUCAGGACAAAUCUCAGAGUACAAGAUAAUAAUAAAACCCAAUCCUGUUUUACUUAAUUGUUCCCCUCCUAUCCUGUAUGAUUAAAGGGUUAUUCCACUUU